AUGAACGUUGAGGAGGACGAGGGCAUCGUCCCGCGUGUACACGCCUGGGGCCAGGAAGAGGACAGCAAACGACGAGCGUACCUCGUGACAGACUACAUUGAGCGAGGAGGAAGUGGAUCGACCGCUGUGCAGCGUACUUUAGGCACAAAGCUCGCCCAGAUGCACAAGGCGGGCGUGGACACCUUGCAAAGAGACCAGGAGGUAAAAGGGAAAGGUCACGGCUUUCCUGUCCCAACGCAUUGCGGUGCAACGGAGAUGGACAAUACCUGGGAGGAGGACUGGCCGACCUUCUUUGCUGAGCGCCGCAUUGGGGACAUUGUGAAGCGGAUUGGGGAUAGCGGAUUGACGGAGUUGGAACAGCAGCUGAGAGAGCACGUCUACCCACUUUUGCUUGAGCCACUCAAGGAUGUCAAGCCGACGAUCUUGCACGGAGAUCUAUGGGGCGGCAACUACAUCGUGGAUGAGAGGGGUCAACCUUUUGUUUUCGACCCGAGCGCCUAUUAUGGACACAACGAAGCCGACCUAGGCAUGACUACCUGUUUCGGCGGGUAUUCAAGCGCAUUCUACGAGGCGUACCAUAAGAUCAUCCCCAAGGUGGAGCCAUACUACGAGCAGCGUAUUCAACUUUACGCCCUCUUCCACUGGCUCAAUCAUGAGCUUAUGUUCGGGGCAUACCGAUCGACUGCGGUCAAGAGUGCCGAGGGCCUGAUCGCUUGGGCGAAGAAGGAGGCGGCAACAAAGAGCCGGAAGGCUGAGUUGUGA